AUGGCGACCAAAGAUUCUCCUAUGGAGCUGCACGAAAUCACCUCCGAAUCGGAAGAAUCCGAUCCGGUUUACGACUGGGAAGAUUCGGGAGAAGACCCCGAUUACGACGUGCUCGAAGAAACUCAUACCAAAUUCUCAAACCUCUCAGUUAAGCACAAGGCAAAAGCGCGCGUUGUCGAAGCGACGGUUCGAGGUGAGGAAGUGGUGGAGAUCACUGCAUCUGUAAAUGAUGGAGAGAAUUUUGGAAAAGUUCAAAAGUUAAUCGAAGAGGGAUUGCUGACGAAAUUGAAAGUGGAUGAAUGCAAGUUGUAUUUGAGGAAGAAUGGUCUGAGGCUAACUGGAAACAAGGACACACUUAUACAACGCAUAAGGGAGCACUUAGACAUUUUAAAUGGAGGGGAGAAGAAGUAUCCGCCUUCUAGCUUUGUGUUGAAUUGCAAAGGUGAUGCAUGCACUGGUGAUGUUGUUUUGUUUGAGCAAAAUGUCUAUGAAAUGUUCAACAUCGCAUCCAGGAGUGCCAGUGGUCCACCUUGUGGUAAAAGAAUUGUUGCAGGCCGCAUAGUGAAAGAAAGUUAUGGUACCGCUAAACAACAGCAUACAUUUACGAUUGAAGUACUCUGGAGUAAAGGAGAAAAGCCUCUCCCUCCCCUUUACCCCCUACUGAUUAAGGGUCGAAACCUUUAUAGGCUGAAGACUUUUAGACAGAAAUGGGAGGAUGAAGCAAAGAGGCAGAGAAUAUUGAUGGAAAAACACUCAAGGGGAUCUCUUGCUAGGGCAGAUAGAGAAGCAAGGAUACAAGAAAAGGAGAAGCGGAAAAAUACCAAGGAAAACAGGGUCUCCAUAAAGGAAGGAAGGAACCAAUGUCAAUCAAAUUCACAGGUUACUAGGUCACAAUAUCAAUCUCAAGGAACAAAUAAACUCAAUAAUCCAGAAAAACCAGAAUUUCCAUCUCGAAGUUCAGGUUUAUCUGCCAAUGUAAUGAACGGAACAUCCUCUAUUGUAAAUAAUCCAGCAGCUCCGGUAUUUGACCAAUUGCCAAUAUUAGGAAGAACAUUAUUUGCUGUUCACAAUAUGCAUAAUCAGCAAGCUUGGAAUCGCACAGGUCACUUCAAUACUUUUGAUAUUGGUCAUGUGAGGGGAUCUGAUCUUGGUGCAAACUAUAAUUAUGCAGACCCCCAUUUCAGAGAAAACCUGAAAUACCACUCUAACAUGGCUGAGAAGACAACUGGAUUUACAAUGGGAACUCAUCAUAGGAUACCUUUGGCAAAUGCAAACCACCCUCACCCAUUGAUGGCCCCCAACAGAGAAAACCAUAAGCCCAAUCAGGUGUGUAGACAUUACUCCCUUGGUAGGUGCUAUUUUGGCGACAACUGCAAAUUCUUACAUGAUUUUAGACCAAGGGAAUAA